AGUAAACAUUAUGUUAUGCUGCGUGCAUCACGCGGAUCGUAGUGAUUUAGUUUUAAUAGAAAAAAAAUUCCAUAUUAGAAGUAUGUAAAAUUUAUUGUUUUAUGAGUUUAUAAAAAAAAAACUAUACUGUGCACCCCAAAAGUAUGAGCCGGUCGGACGCGAAUUGGUGUGCGAAAUUUCAUCGGUUAUUUGCUUGUCACGUGUCAAACGUCAGCGAAAACGCUAAUAGCAAAAUUGAGUUUACUGAGGCUUCGGAAUUUGGUUUGAGCGUUCAUCCGCUGACCGAGAGCCCGUCAAAAGCAUGGAGAAAAUGUAAAAAAAAACAAAAAUCCGUCAAACUUGAAAACUUCACUCCCGGCGGACCAGUGGAAGAUGACAAAGUCAGGGUUGUGUGUAUGAGCGACACGCAUUGUAAGACGUCUAUAAUGCCAUUCGAUGUGCCUUCUGGUGAUAUAUUCAUUCAUGCUGGGGAUUUUACUAACUCCGGAAGUCUGGACGAAGUGGUGGAGUUCAACGAGUGGCUGGGCACUCUACCCCAUAAACACAAAAUAGUAAUAGCCGGAAAUCACGAGCUCAGCUUCGAUCCGACGUUCACAAGACGACUGGAAUCAUACGAUUUCGCUGCGCUAAGGUUUGACCGAGAUCAAAUCGAAAAAGUCAACAACCUUAAAAACAUCAAACAAUUUUUGACCAAUUGCGAUUACUUGGAAGACUCUAUGGUCGAGCGUUUUGGCCUGAAAAUAUACGGAACACCAUGGCAACCAGAGUAUGGAGGAGGUGCGUUCAACUUACCCCGUGGUCGACCGUGCUUGGACAAAUGGAAUCUAAUACCUGAAGGUGUCGAUAUUCUCGUUACACAUUCACCGCCAUUGGGCCAUGGAGAUCAUUGUUGGCCAGGCGUUAGAGCGGGUUGUGUAGAUCUUUUGGUUACCGUUCAAGAGCGGGUAAAGCCAAAAUACCAUGUUUUCGGUCACGUACACGAAGGUUAUGGCGUAACAACCGACGGAAACAUAAUCUAUAUGAAUGCGUCAAGCUGUAACUUAAGAUACUUGCCUGUAAAUCGUCCAAUAGUUUUCGAUAUCGCACUUCCUAACUGUAUCGCUAAAACUUUAUUUUCCAAGUAAAAAUACUGAUAUUUUGUUUAACCCUUCACUGCAUAAUGUUCCAUAUAUGGAACAAUUAUAUUUAUUAUUUAUAUCUGCUCAUGCUAUACAUCUUUGUAUGCACAAUGUUCCAAAUUCUUUAAUUAGCCUUUUUCAUGAAACCAAAACUUAAAUAAAAAUUAUUUUUAUUUUUUAAGUAGU